AUGCACAAGUCCGCGCACGACUUCAACGAGGCCAAGCGCCAGAAAGACAUCAUCUCCUGGGACGCCUACACCAGCGGCCUCAAGGCCGGCGCCUGGGCCAGUCUGGCUAUGGGCGCGGCCGUCUACGGCGCCAACGCGUACCACAGCGGCUUCCGCACGCGCCUCGGUGUGAGCGGCAAGUGGGCGCUCGUGGUCUCGGCCUACCUGGCCGGGUUCGCCAUCGUGGCCGAGAAUCGACUCCUGGCCGGGGCCCGGAACCCGGACCAGUACAUGGCUACACUCGACCCCAACUUCGUCGAGGUCCGCAUGAUGAAGAGCCAACUGCCGCUGCACAAACGAGCGGCCAACUUCGUGUACGACCACCCGUACCACAGCCUCGUGACGUUGGGGGUUCCGCUGGUGGGCGGCAUCUUCGCGCUGCAGGCCACGAACAAGAGCAUCAACCGCUCGCAGCAGAUCAUGCACACGCGCAUCUACGGCCAGGCGGCCGUGGUGGCGCUGCUGCUCGGCUCCAUGGCCUUCCACGACUACAUGGCCAAGCGCGGCCGCUUCGAGGAGGACGAGGAGGACGAGGCCCACGUGCCCAAGAUCCAGGAGCUCAAGGCCUAG